ACCGCAAUGAUUUAGAAGUUCAGGAAUCCCACGUGACGUCACCAAAGGGUGAUGUAAUGCUUCUCUAAAUAGAUCGUAUUGUAAUCUUUCCUCAGUCCAACGUGGUUCCUUCAGAAAGUGUGCUGCAUCUUCUCCAGACUUCUGCGGUAUAUGAGGAGCCAGUGACAGUGAUGAACUCCGAGCAGGAAAGGCCGUUCGUGUGCAGCGCCCCGGGCUGCUCUCAGAGGUUCCCUACAGAGGAUCAUCUAAUGAUUCAUCGGCACAAGCAUGAGAUGACCCUCAAAUUCCCCUCCAUCAAAAAUGACAACAUGCUGUCAGACCAGACGCCGACCCCAACGCGCUUCUUGAAGAACUGUGAGGAGGUGGGUCUCUUCAGCGAGCUGGACUGCUCCAUUGAGCAGGAGUUUUGCAAGGCUCAGGAGGAGGAGGACAGCAAACAGAAUAUCACUCUUCAUGGGCAGGGGGGCCCUAACCAGCACCAGCAGUCCCACUCAAGAAUGGCCAACCAUGACAGCAGCAUAGUAAUCCAGCAGGCACUGCCCUCGCCCCAGUCCAGUUCUGUCAUCACUCAAGCCCCUUCCACCAACAGACAGAUUGGGCCAGUGCCUGGUUCUCUUUCCUCGUUGCUGCACCUGAGGAACAGACAGCGACAGCCACUGCCGGCCUCCAUGCCUGGCACACUUCCUGACCCCACUAUGCAAGGAUCGUCUGCUGUUCUGAUGCCUAUGGAGAGGCAAAUGUCUAUGGGCUCCAACAUGAUGGGCAUGCAAGGCCCCGCCCACAGCAGCUCAUGCUCCUCCCCUCAUGUUCCAUCCAUGCACUCAGAAGCAAAGCUGAUCAAACCAUCGGACAUAUUUUGGCGGGAGAGACUGAAAGCUGCCCUUGCCCACCAUCCGGGGGGCAUGUCGAAUGGCAGCAUGAACUCCAUGGGUCAUAUGAUGGAGAUGAUGCCAUCGCGGCAGGAUCAGGCCGGUCACCACCACCUGCACUCUCACCCUCACCAGCACAUGCAGGGCCCACCCCACGGAUACCCACACCAUGCCCACCACCACCCCAGCCAUGCACAGAGUGCCCAUCACCACCCACAGAGCCACGGGCACCACAACACCCACCCGCCCCACCUGCACCCUGCACACGGACACCAGACCUCUCCACACCAACCCAUGCACUCCGCUGCUUCACAGUUAUCUCCGGCUGCGCAGCAAAUGCAGCCGACGCAGACCCUUCAAUCCCCGCCGCCCAGCGGAGGUCGUCGCCGGCGUGUCGUGGACGAAGACCCCGACGAGCGCCGACGGAAAUUCCUGGAGCGGAAUCGCGCAGCCGCCACACGCUGCAGACAGAAAAGGAAAGUGUGGGUGAUGUCGCUAGAAAAGAAAGCGGAGGAGCUCACCCAAACCAACAUGCAGCUGCAGAACGAGGUCACUAUGCUAAAGAAUGAGGUGACACAACUGAAACAGCUUUUAUUGACACAUAAGGACUGUCCCAUCACCGCCAUGCAGAAAGAGUCUCAAGGUUACCUCAGUCCAGAGAGCAGUCCAGCAGGAAGUCCCACCCCUGUAACCCAGCAGCAAGUCAUCCAGCACAAUACCAUCACCACCUCCAGCACGGCACCCAAUCACCGCACAGAUAUUAACCCCAUCCACUAGAGACUCGUCCCCCUGACGCCCCCCCCACGCUGGACAUCCCGACUGCAAACUCUGGACAGGCUCACCUCUGUGCCUCUGUGGCAGCUUUUUCUUCUGUUUGUAAUUUGUAAAUGUAAACUGAUUAACAUUUUGUUUAGUUCUGUUUUGUUUUAUAAUACCAUUUGAGUCCGCUUAAAAAAAGAGAGUCUGCAUAAUUCAUCGGGCACCAUCUCGCUUGUCAAGAACAUCACUGAUGGGUAAUUGUGAAAACACGACUGCUACAUCUGUUCCUGGAUUACUACUGGACAACUGCCUUUACAAAUUACAAAAUUCAGAGAGCUGGAUAGCUUUUGCUAUGAAUUUUCCAUUGCCAAAAAGAUGCUGUCCUUUUGUUUCUGUUUAUUGUUAUAACAAAUACUCUCACAUUCCCUUUUUCAUCUAAUACAAAAGGAUAAAUUAGGAAGGUCAGUCUCCAUUAGGAAUUCAUAAUGAAAGUAACCUGAAGCAAUAUGAAUCUCUGACAUGCUCAGCAAUCUGAUUAUGUUCACUUGGUCAUUCGGACCAGAAUCCAGAUCAGGUUAAGUUCAACCUAUUAGUUCCUGUCAUUUCAGAUAUCAUUUCAAAAGUUAUCUUUUGAAAACAAAACAGCUUUGACUCCUUAGCUGGUAGAGAUCAUGUAAAUGGAAUGCAUUUAUCAAGCUCACACAGGCUCUUGUGAGCAUAUGCCCUGCUGAACAUGUGUGAGAUUUCAGAGCAUUUCCAGAAUGCUGAGAUCACAGCUGCAAUCGUGUAGCAUCAGGAAGACAUCUAACUUGGCGUUUUUAUCCGAAUGUUUUAGAAGAUGCCAUCAGCUGUUUCAUUUUAAGCUGGUGUAACUUCUGGUCAAAUUUACCCCCGAGUCAGUUUACGUACUGCUUUUACUGGCAGUCAUUUCAGUAUCUGUUUCGAAUCAGCGAGUCGACUAAGUAUUAUGCAAUGUAUUCUUGAAUACAUUUUUUAUAUGUUAAAUACUCAUACAAUGGGCCUUCUAACCCUAUCCAAAACACUCCUCGAGUGCAUCUUGCACAAGAAUAAUGCCAUGGAAAACUUUUGGAAGGAUUUUGCUUUACCUGAGGCUAUGGAAAACUUCCACGUGAGCCAAAUGCAUUGUUAAAUGAUUCUUAAAAUCAGCUUUCGUUUUGGCUCAAAGUAUUGUUUAGAACUUCCUUGGGCAUUCUGACUGUGAGAUAAAUUGAAUUUAAUAGGAUUUAUUGUGAUAGGAUAUAUUUUGAUAAGUCCCAGUUCAAAGUUCUGGUUUUCCUGUUGAAAAAAACAGCAUAUGCUGGUUAGGUGUGUUUUGAAGCAUGGCAACUGGUUUGAGCUGGUUUAUACUGGUCCUUAGUUGGUCAUAAGCUGGUUUAAGCUGGUCCUGAGCUUGAGCUAGUUGCGUAGGAUAUGCUGUUUUUUUCAACAGAGUUGUUUGCUGCCUAUAGGAAAUCAUGAGGCUUCCUUCUUGACAUGGACCAAGGUAAACUCUGCACUUGAAUAUAGUCCCUAUGAAACUGUCAAACCCUUUAAGGUUCUGGAAAUGUGCUGUUGAAUUGGAGAUGUUAGUAUACAGCUAGCAUCUUACUGUAAGGGGCCGUUCACAAAGAACACGUUCUUGCGUUUAAAACACUGGAUGAAGCACGAAAGACAAGAACGAAAAGAACGCAGGUUUUUGAGACGUUUUUGCGUCCGUGUAGCAGAUGUUUACAUAGAAAAAUGAAGGGUGCGUCUCAAUCAGCUCCCAAGUUUACUAGUCAGGCCACUGAUCAGGGUGUCGGCCAUUUUAAGGGCUGUCUCAAUCGUGAAAUCCUUCCAGUACACUGAAAUGUUCACUCCCUAAAAAAGCCCCCAAUCCACCACAAAAACCAGGGAGCAUCAAUGGUCCCUUACUGGAAAAUACGUCACAAUUUCUGAAGCGCGAAACAUAAAUCGUACAAGCCAACUCAAUACAUUACGUGACAGAAUAUUUGAAAAGAUGAACUAUUAUUUAAUUCCAGCAUAAAGACACAUCACUAGACAGUAGUGAACAUAAUCUAGCUAACAUUUAUAAUUAAUUUAUGGCUGAAAUAUUGCAGGGAUAUGUAACAAUCAAAAUAUUUUUCAGACUGUACCUUUAAAAGAUAUCAGUCCUCCUGUUUUUGAUAAAUAACAGUGGUGGCAUUUUACAAUGCAAGUGCUUUGUCAUGUUGUCAGAAACAUCCCAAUGUGUAGUGAGCCAGGUUUCUUACACUGUAAAUUUUUUUGUUGUUGUUGUUGGUUUAACUUGAAAAAGUAAGUUACCUGGUUGCCUUAAAAUUUUGAGUUCAUUGAAAUUAAAAAUUUGAGUUGGUUUAAUCAACAGAAACCCAAAAUAUUAUGUUAUCUGAACCACAUUAAUUAUCUAAGUUGAUUUGACAAAAGAAAAAAUGUUGUGAUAACAAAUCAUGAAAAUAAUUUUUUACAAUGUAGCAGUGCCGGAAUUUGUGCAAAUGACAUACUCAUUCACAACCUAGGGAGCUGAUUGAGAUGCACCCAAAUAAAUGCUGCGCAGUAGAACGUGAAAACGCGUUCUGUGUGAACUGGCCCUAAUAAUAACAUUCCAAUGUGAACUUGUGCCCUUUAUGUAAUUUUAAGGGAUGCGUGUGCAAAGUCCUGUAUACCUCACGAGUGUAUGAUCACGGACCGAUGAGCUGUAAGAUGGACACUGUCACUUACAUUAAAUCCUAAAUCCCUUUAAGGCUGUGACACACCAAACUGGCAUCAAAGAACUAGCGGCGGCAAAUGCCGACGUUGUUUUCGCCUUGAACAGCCAAUGGCCAACUAGCAUGUACGUUCUGCACCUAUGUGAGAGGUUUCCAUACCAGCAGUUGGCAGUUGUCUGUGUUCGUCAUUCAUGAAUAUGAAUCAUGUUGAUCAUUUUCUUCAUUCCAGACAGUUUUUAAGAAAUUAUUCGCAUUUUGGAAUGCGAAUUUACAUGAUGUACAACUAGAAGAAUCUUCUCGGGAACUUUGUUUCCUAAGCCGAACAGCCAAUCAGAGUGAUCGCAGCCGACGGGGUCCAACUAAAAACUGACCUGACAGAUGUGUCUGCUUGGUAUGUUAUGGCCUUUAGUCCUGUUGUCCUUGUCUAACUGCAAAUAAUGAUGCAAUUUGGUCCACUUCUGUUUUUCUCUGCUGGGAAAAUGUAGCAUUUUACUAUUUCUUCGCAGGUACUGAUCUAGACCGAUCUAGACACUGCUUUCCAAAUGUCACUAUGUGCCUGAAUAUGUGUCUUAAAUACUCACAUAGCGAAGAAUGUCAGUCCUUAGUAAUACCUUGAUAUCAUUACAUUUAUUUUCAAUUCAGGUUGAACUUUAAGGCCUUGACAUUGUUUAGCUUUUUUGUAACGACUAAUUACUAGUGUUUUAAUGCAGACACUGUUUUGUUUUGGACUCAUUUUGGUGUUAUUAUGGACUCUUCUACCAACCCAAGGAGGCCUGUGAUGAGAACACAGGCCAGCUGGACAUGUCUUAGCAUCAUGUGGAGAGAUGCACCAAAAUGUUUCCCCUCUGCCGAAAAAGGGCCUUUCUUCCAGCAGCUAAGCUCAGAACUCUGUUUCAUGUUUUUCACAGUUUGUAGAGGAUUUUCGUCCCUCCUAAAUGGAACAUAUUGAUUCCCUUCGCCUUUCCUCGCAGCACUGUGUUUGGAACACGAGCGUGCAAAACGACCUCCACAUUGAGAGGUGGAAAUCUUGUAGCUGUCUAUGCACUUUGACCUCUGUGUGCAGCAGAGGGUGGAAUAGCCAUAUAGAAGACUCAGCGAUUCCCAGUUCCCACACCAGCGAGAGCCAGCCACUGUCAAUCUAUGGAGCAAUGCAACUUGUGCGGGCCAACCGGAAUGGAGCCCGGAAUGGGUCGCCUCAAGAAGGACACGAUUUGAACCCUGAAGGCUCGGGUUGGGCGGCGUUCAGUACGGUGCUCCUGUAGCUUUAAGACUUAAAUUGUCCCUAUAGCCUGUUUUUCACACUGUGAAAUGGGUGACAUCAAGGUGAACUGGAAACAUGAUUGUGCUUUUAUUGUUGAUUUUGUUGGACCUUUCAGUAGAUUGGUUGUUUCCCAACAUCUUCUCAAAAGGAUAGUUCACCCAAAAAUGAACACUCUCUCAUCAUAUACUCACCCUCAAGUUGUUUCAAAACUCGUAUUAUUACUUUUAUUCUGCAGAACACAUUUUGACGAAUGUUUUUGCUUGUUUUGUCAGUACAAUGAAAGUCAAUGGGGUCCAAACAUUUCAAGCUCCAAAAAGCACAUAAAGGUUUUGUAAAAGUAAUCUAAACAACUUUAGUGGUUUAAUCUAACUCUUCUAAAGUGAUAUGAUUAUGUUGUAUGAUGAAUAGAGUGACAUUAAAGUGGUUGUUCACUCUCAAAUCAAAACAAAACAUUGAUCAACUUGUAGGCUGCGUUCGAAUUCGAAUACUUCUCUACUAUAUAGUACGCGAAAAAUAGUAUGCGAACAGAGUAGUAUUUCCGAAUUCAUAGUAUUCGAAAAACAGUAGCCAAAAAGUACCCGGAUGACUUACUACUUCCGGCGAGAUUCUGAAGUGCGCAUACGAUGGACACUUUACUAUCCCCUGAGGCCACGGGAGAGGAUAUGUGAAUGGAGUUGAAGGGACGUAACUGACGCUGGUAGGUCAUGUGACAGUAACAACAUGGCAUAUGUACUACGUCCGAAUUUAUUCAUACUACACGCAUUUGUACUAUAUAGUACGUACUUUUUCAACGGUCAUGAAGUAAAUUUAGAUUCAAAUGGAGUACCUACUCAACAGUACGCGAUUUCGGUUUUACUGUAUACAGAGCCCAAAUCAAAUAUUGCGACACGUCAGUAAGGUCAAACCUCAUUGGUUCUUGUGUCAUGACAUCAUGUGGCACACAAGAACUGAUGAGGUUUGAUAUUACUGACAUGGCACCAUAUUUAAUAAAUAAUUUUAUAUUUUACACUACCUUUAUGUUCUUUUUAGAGCUUGAAACUUUUGGGACCCCAUUGACUUUCAUAGACAAAAACCGCUGAGACAUUCUUCAAAAUAAGUUCUGUCUUCUGGAGAAGAAAGUAAUUCAGUCUGGAACAGCAUAAGCGGGGCUGGUGCAGUCACAUUUACCAUUUUUUAACAGAUUUAUGUGGGCUAUAUUGUAAUUUCAAUAGCAAUCUAUAGUAAUUUUGCAUGUGGUCAGAAAUUUCCCCUCGCUGAUUUGCAACUGAUUCGCUACGUUGACCAACACAAAGCUGCUUUGUUUGAAACUGUCAAUAGUGUAGAAAUGUAUGAAGCACAGCUCAUACAGAAGACAAUAGACAACUGACCUUUCUUGCCUGCAAAAUUUUGCUAAUGUGAUGAUAGAUAUUUUUGGGUGUACUAUCCCUUUAAGCCAACAUUCAAUAUUCUUUUGUGCAUGUAGCAUCGUAAUCUGGUUUCAAAUGGGAUUCUGAUGACCACAUAAGGUGCGAGUUUCAGUGUUUUUGGAUUGUGAGCUUGAAAGUUAACUUGAGAUCUGUGUAUGCAUGUAUUUUCACUCCCAUUGGUGUCUCAGACCCCACACUCACAAGUUUUGCAGUGUUUAACCCAACAUUAUGAUCAAUAAUAUGGUGGUGGGAGGGGCCUGCUAAACAGCAGUUUGCAUCUCCAAGGAGGACUGUCAACAGUCUAAAGUUGCAUUGUAUUUCAUCUCCUGCGUCUUGACAUUUCAAAGCAAGGUGGUCAGGAGCGUAUCUACGCAGGGCCACGUCAUCUCUUACCCAAACAACAUAACGUACAAGAACACAUUGAACUGGAAAUAUUUCACUUGCUCUCAGUGAGUAACAGACAUUAAUCUCAAAUUGUUGAUUUGGCACCAGUCCUUGUUAGGAUGGGUGAAUGGAUGACUUUUGUAAUAGCAUUCUUAUAAAACGGAGGGAGAAUUUUGUGUGUGCCUGAGUAUAUGUGUGCUUUUGUGUGCAUUUUUUUUUUUUUUUUUUAGGUGGAGGACAAUGAAUACACAUUAAUAAAACUAUAAAUGUAUCAUUGCAACAAAACUAUAAAUAUUGUAUAAAUUCUCAUUAAUUUUUGUAAUCUUGUUCCUGUAAUGCAACCACCUUUCUUUUUGAAAGGAGUACAUGUUUGGUACUUGUUUGUAAAUAAUGUUUGCAUAGCACUUGCAGUCUUCAAAUGUUUGCCUGUUCAUUUCGGAGCUGAAACAUUGCAUUGUUUGUUACGCAUAUUGAAUUCAUGAAUUCACACACGCUUGCAUAACUUUGUAUAUUUUAUAUGUUUAUUAAUGCCUUGAACAGUUUGUGUUUAUGCAAAUGUACAGAUGUGAAAUCACAACAGCUAUAUUACAAUAUGAAAAUAAAGCACUUGUUCUGUAACAAA